UGAAUGAUGGCGGAGCUGAGUGGCUUGUCAUCAUUCUCGAAAAUUCUGAGGGUAGGGAGCUCUCUCUCCUUCUCCCACUCGCCUUAUUUUCCUUUUCGCCACUGCGGGGACUUUUUCUAAUUUGCAGCCUCCCUUUCCCCGACACACACAGACGGGAGCUGGUGGCUUGCAGACUGCGUCUGUCUGGAGCUAGAAAGCCGGAGAGCCAGCCUGGGAAUAAGGCUACUGGAGAGGAACUCUGCAGCAGUUCUCGAGGGCUAGACUGGGGAGGAUUGCUGCAUCCACGCUGAUUCUUCGGCUUAUCUCUAACCUGAGGAAGCAUUGAUUGGAAACUACUCAUUCAGAAAAUUAAAAAGAAAGAAGCCAGAACAUAUUACUGACCCUUUGAGAACACAACAUAAAGAACUUUACUAUUUUACCACUUCCUUAGAUAGUUGCAGAAAUUAUACAGCUUUGAAGAAUGGCGGAUGAACGGAAAGAUGAAGCCAAGGCGCCACACUGGAGCUCAGCACAGUUAACCGAGGCACCUACACACCCACAUCCACCGGAAAUCAAGGACCAAGCUGGGGCAGGGGAGGGACUUGUCCGAAGCGCCAAUGGCUUCCCAUACAGAGAGGAUGAAGACGGGCCACAGGGCCCCUACUCAGAUACCAAAGAGAACGGGAUCAACGGAGAGCUGAGCUCAGCUGACAGAGAAACGGCAGAGGAGGUGUCAGCACGGAUAGUUCAAGUAGUCACAGCUGAGGCUGUAGCAGUCCUGAAAGGCGAACAAGAGAAAGAAGCUCAGCACAAAGACCAACCCACAGCUCUGCCUUUAGCAGCUGAAGAGACAGCUAAUCUGCCUCCCUCUCCACCCCCCUCGCCAGCCUCAGAACAGACCAUCCCCUUGGAGGAAGAUUUACUUACAGCCUCGAAGAUGGAGUUCCAUGAUCAGCAGGAAUUGACUCCCUCAGCUGCUGAGCCUUUAGACAAGAAAGAAAAGGAGUCAAAGAUGGAAAGUAUGCCUGGUGAAGACCUUAAACAUGCUGCCUUAGUUCCUCAGCCUGACACAACUCAAACUUCCCCUGAAAGAAAGGACACGCAAGGCGCAGAAGGAGAAAAGGCACCUCCUGCUCUGUUUGGGCAUCCUGUUGGUGCCACCCUCGAUGACACGAAACAGAAGGCAGAACCAAGCUUCGUAGUGCCUGGCAUUGGCCUCCCUGCACAGCCUCCAGCCCCCAAAGAGCAAAAAGACUGGUUCAUCGAAAUGCCAGUGGAAACAAAGAAAGAUGAGUGGGGUUUAGCUGCUCCAGUGUCUCCUGGCCCCUUGACACCCAUGAGGGAAAAAGACGUCCUGGAGGAUAUCCCAAGGUGGGAAGGGAAGCAGUUUGAUUCUCCCAUGCCAAGUCCCUUUCAAGCUGGAAGCUUUACUCUUCCUGUAGAUAUCAUGAAGAAUGAAAUUGUAACAGAAGCAUCACCCUUUGACACUGGCUUCUUACAACCAGAUAACAAAAGUUCACUGCAAGAAAUCAGUGGCCUAGUGACUGCCAAAGAUAGUUUUAAAGUUGAAGUCUCACAAAAAGAUACACCUGAUAAAGCGGCAGAAACAACAACCUCAGAGGCAAUUACUUUACCCAAAGAUGCCCAUGUUCCAAUUGUAGAAGGAUACGUUAUUGAGAAAGAUUUAGGGGAAGAAGCAGGCGUCAUACACCAAGAGAAAAAAGAGAUUUCCAUCCCCAGUGGACAAGGACCUAUACUUACUGAAAAGGAACUUCAGCCAAAGCCUGAAGAGAAAACAUCUAUUUCUGACAAAGAAGCUGCACCAAAAGAACAUGAGCCCUCAAAGUUGAGAGAUGAAGAAACAGGCAUAAUUCAGACUGCCACUGAGCACAUUUUCUUGAAAGAAGAAUCUAAAGGCCAGGAGCAUCCUACAGAUAUAUUAAAACACGGCUCCUUUCCUGCAAGUUUGGAGCCAUCAACGACAGAUUCAACCAUGACCUUGAACACCCUGGAAAAGGUCUCACCUGAACCAGCUGUACUCCAUGAAAAGAGCACAUUACAGGAACUCUUUCAGGAGAAAGUUACGGACAAAGACAGUAAGGUGGAAGAGGUUGGGGCUGCAUCAGCAGCAGAAGUUGACAUGCCAUUUUAUGAAGACAAGUCAGGAAUGUCCAAGUACUUUGAAACAUCGGCCUUGAAAGAAGAAGUGACAAAAAGCCCUCAGCUGGCCAGUGACUACUAUGAACUAAGUGACACAAGAGAAAGUGCCCGUGAGUCUGUUGAUACCACAUCUGCCAUGCAUGAAAAUGGUGACAAGGGAUUCCAAGCAGAGAAGGAAUCCCAGCCCUGUGCACCUGCACAGGAAGCAGGGUACAGCACUCUUGCACAGAGUUACCCAUCUGAUGUACCUGAAGAACCAAGUUCCCCUCAAGAAAGAAUGUUUACCAUCGAUCCAAAAGUGUAUGGGGAGAAAAGAGACCUCCACAGUAAGAAUAAGGAUGAUUUGACACUCAGCAGAAGUUUAGGACUCGGUGGGAGGUCUGCAAUAGAACAAAGAAGCAUGUCUAUCAAUUUGCCGAUGUCUUGCCUGGAUUCCAUAGCUCUUGGAUUUAACUUUGGCCGUGGCCAUGAUCUCUCUCCUCUGGCUUCUGAUAUUCUCACCAACACCAGUGGAAGUAUGGAUGAAGGCGAUGAUUAUCUUCCAGCCACCACACCUGCAGUGGAGAAAGCCCCUCGCUUCCCAAUAGAAAGCAAAGAGGAAGAAGAAAAAGUAGAGGAAGAAAAAGUUCCCGGAGAGGAAAAUACACAAGUUGAGGCACCCUGUGAGUCACCUUUUGUGACCAAAGAUUAUUACAAGAAUGGCACCGUCAUGGCCCCUGACUUGCCUGAAAUGCUCGAUCUGGCAGGCACGAGGUCAAGGUUAGCUUCCGUGAGUGCAGAUGCUGAGGCUGCCAGGAGGAAAUCUGUCCCCUCAGAAACUGUGGUUGAGGAGAGUAGUACUGGCUUGCCACCCGUAACUGAUGAAAACCAUGUCAUUGUGAAAACAGAUAGUCAGCUGGAAGACUUAGGCUACUGUGUGUUCAAUAAGUACACAGUCCCGCUUCCAUCACCUGUUCAAGACAGUGAGAACUUAUCAGGAGAAAGUGGUUCCUUUUACGAGGGAAGUGAUAAUAAAGUUCGAAGAGAUUUGGCUACAGACCUGUCCUUGAUUGAAGUAAAACUAGCAGCUGCUGGAAGAGUCAAAGAUGAGUUGAGUGCCGAGAAAGAAACAUCCCCUACCUCUGGUCUCCUUAGGGAGUUUGAUCAGGAGAGGAAAGCAAACGAUAAGCUGGAUACUGUACUAGAAAAAAGCGAAGAACAUGCUGAUUCAAAAGAACAUGCCAAGGAAACAGAGGAGGCUGAUGUUAAAGUGGACACAUCUGGGUUAGGAGUCACGCAGAAACCAACUUCUGCCAAAGAACUGACAGUGUCAAAAGAUGCAGUGCCUGAGAAAGCAGAGAAAGGUCUUAGCUCAGUGCCAGAGGUAGCGGAGGUAGAACCAUCCAAAAAAUCUGAACAGGAACAGGAUUUUGCUGCAACUAAAGCUGACCAGGGUCAAUUAGACGUUCAAAUCAGUGACUUUGAGCAGACAAUGGCAAGGCUGAAUGAGGAUGCUGGAAAAGCAGCGGAGCUUAAAGUGGAGGCUGCACAGGAACUGGCGCCCUCAUCUGAAACACCUCAGGAGGCAGACGUGUUCCUGAGUGUUGAGGCUGGCCACGUGAAGGAAGGUGCCAGAGUUAGUGAGACAGAAGUCAAAGAGAAGGUGGCCAAGCCCGACUUGGUCCACCAGGAGGCUGUAGACAAAGAGGAGUCCUAUGAGUCCAGUGGCGAGCAUGAAAGUCUCACCAUGGAGUCCUUGAAACCUGAUGAGGGCAAGAAGGAACUGUCCCCAGAAUCGUCUCUCAUCCAAGACGAAAUUGCCAUCAAGCUGUCCGUGGAAAUCCCUUGCCCACCUGCUAUUUCGGAGGCUGAUUUAGCCACAGAUGAGCGAGCCGAUGUCCAGAUGGAAUUUAUCCAGAUGCCAAAAGAAGAAAGCAAAGAGACCCCAGAUAUAUCCGUCACCCCCUCCGACGUUACUGAGCCACAGCUUGAAGCAGUCAUCUCCGAACCAGCAGAAGCUCAGAGUGAGGAAGAAGAGAUCGAAGCCCGGGGAGAGUAUGAUAAGCUGCUCUUCCGCUCAGACACCCUCCAGAUCACAGACCUGGGAGUGGCAGGCGUCAGGGAGGAAAGUGUGGAGACCUGCCCAGGCGAGCGCAAAGGAGUCAUUGAGUCUGUGGUGACCAUCGAGGAUGACUUCAUCACAGUGGUGCAGACUACAACCGAUGAAGGGGAAUCCGGGUCCCACAGCGUGCGCUUUGCAGCCCUAGAGCAGCCAGAGGUGGAAAGGAGACCCUCCCCUCACGAGGAAGAAGAGCUCGAAGUCGAAGAGGCAGCCGAAGCCCAGGCAGAACCUAAGGAUGGCUCCCCUGAAGCGCCAGCUUCCCCUGAGAGAGAAGCUGCACUCUCAGAGUAUAAGACAGACACCUAUGAGGAGUACAAAGAUGAGACCACAAUUGACGACUCCGUCAUGGAUGCUGACAGUCUCUGGGUGGACACUCAAGAUGAUGAUAGAAGCAUCAUGACAGAGCAGUUAGAAACUAUUCCUAAAGAGGAGAAAGCUGAAAAGGAAGCUCGGAGACCAUCACUUGAGAAACAUAGAAAAGAAAAGCCUUUUAAAACCGGGAGAGGCAGAAUUUCCACUCCUGAAAGAAAAGUAGCUAAAAAGGAACCUAGCACGGUCUCCAGGGAUGAAGUGAGAAGGAAAAAAGCAGUUUAUAAGAAGGCUGAACUUGCUAAAAAAACAGAAGUUCAGGCCCACUCUCCCUCCAGGAAAUUCAUUUUAAAACCUGCUAUCAAAUACACUAGACCAACUCAUCUCUCCUGUGUUAAGCGGAAAACGACAGCAACAGGUUGUGAAUCAACUCAGGCUCCCAGUGUAUUUAAACAGGCAAAGGACAAAGUUUCUGACGGCAUAACCAAGAGCCCGGAAAAGCGCUCUUCUCUUCCAAGGCCGUCCUCCAUCCUUCCUCCUCGCCGAGGUGUGUCAGGAGACAGAGAUGAGAAUUCCUUCUCCCUCAACAGUUCCAUCUCCUCUUCAGCAAGACGGACCACCAGGUCAGAGCCAAUUCGCAGAGCAGGGAAAAGUGGCACCUCAACACCUACCACCCCUGGAUCAACUGCCAUCACUCCUGGUACCCCGCCAAGUUAUUCUUCACGCACUCCAGGCACUCCUGGAACCCCCAGCUUCCCCAGGACCCCUCACACACCAGGAACCCCCAAAUCCGCCAUCUUGGUGCCCAGUGAGAAGAAAGUCGCCAUCAUUCGUACUCCUCCCAAAUCACCUGCUACUCCCAAGCAGCUUCGUCUUAUUAACCAACCACUGCCAGACCUGAAGAAUGUCAAAUCCAAAAUCGGAUCGACAGACAACAUUAAAUACCAACCUAAAGGGGGGCAGGUUAGGAUUUUAAACAAGAAGACCGAUUUUAGCAAAGUUCAGUCAAGAUGUGGUUCCAAGGAUAACAUCAAACAUUCUGCUGGGGGCGGAAAUGUACAGAUUGUUACCAAGAAGAUAGACUUAAGUCAUGUGACAUCCAAAUGCGGCUCUCUGAAGAACAUUCGCCACAGGCCAGGUGGUGGACGAGUGAAAAUUGAGAGUGUAAAACUGGAUUUCAAAGAAAAAGCCCAAGCUAAAGUCGGUUCACUGGACAAUGCUCACCACGUACCCGGAGGUGGUAAUGUCAAGAUUGACAGCCAGAAGUUGAACUUCAGAGAGCAUGCGAAGGCCCGUGUGGACCACGGGGCUGAGAUCAUCACGCAGUCCCCAGGCAGGUCCAGUGUGGCAUCACCCCGACGACUCAGCAACGUCUCCUCUUCUGGAAGCAUCAACCUGCUCGAAUCUCCUCAGCUCGCCACGUUGGCUGAGGACGUCACUGCUGCGCUGGCCAAGCAAGGCUUAUGAAUCCUCAUUUAGCAUCGGAGUCAUAAUACUUAGGCAUGAGCUCUUGGCAGGAGUGAGCUCUGAGCAGGUGUUACAUUCAUUCUUUACAAACCAUAAGAUAAAUAAUCUCAUCCCCAAACUGUAGUCAUUGUUACAAUUUUAUAUAAAAAUGAAUAGUAUAUGCAGAAAUCAACUUCCAUUUGCAACAGGAACACACUGGCUUUACAUGGGUACAAUUGGACAGUUAUUUUCGCUCUGCUCUGUUUUGCAUGGAGUAUUAUUAUUAUUUUAAAAAAUGCAUUUUUACCUUUCAUGUGCCUGAAGGCUACCCACUACAUUCUGAAAGGCCUUGUUAAAAUCCAAGCUGCUCAUUUCACUAUUCUGUUUCUGGGUGAAAAGUUAAAAACUGCCCAUCGUAACUUAUUACAGGUUAAAUAAAAUCAAGGAGUAUGAGUGCAGGAAGGGAAGAGCAUGUAAGAAAUAAGUCUUUUUAAAGUGUUAUUUUGUAUAAAUGGGAAGAAAGAUUCAGUUAAGUUAUUAACAUUUGGGACCUGGAUAAUUAUAUCAGAGUAUCAAUCCAAUAAAUUAUUUAACUAACUAAAAAUGUUACAAAGCAUUUGAGCUGUGGUUGAGGAAAUGGUGUAAAAGUGCAUCUUCUAGGAAGGAUGCACUUUCCUUAGGAUGGCUUUGUGUCUGAUUAGAAUGUCAGUUGAUCGGCUAGAUUUAUGUCCACAGUACCAGUUCCACACCCCCUUUCCAUCUGUUUGAUACAGUAUUAUAGAUAUAAAUAUAUAUAUAUAUAUUUCUCUGUGGCCAUUUGUGAUACUUCCUCAUAUACUUGAAUAUUAUACUUCUUUAUUCACAGUAUCUGUGUCUCCUACAUCCUUUGGUGUUGCAAUUUUAGGUAUGUGAAAGUAGAUGUUAGCAGGGUUCUCUCCCUAUUUAAAAAAUACAUUAAAAAAGACAAAAAGUUUUAGCAUGAAGUUGCUUUCUGUAACAACUCAAAGCUGUAACCCUGUUUUAGUGCCAGAUACAAGUCUCUCUCCCGUGAUGCUAGGAAAAAUAUUUUUCUUUGCUUUCACCAACAUGGAGUUGUGGGGGUGGGUCCAGUUAUAUAUAAAAGGGUUUACAGAUUGUUGGUUUAAGCUUAUGGAUUUAUCUCAUUUUUAAUCACAGAAUAGUUUUGUUUUUAUUCCUACAGUCAUUCAUGAGACAAGCCUCUUAAGAUUCCUUUUCUUUUUUUUUCUUCAUUUGCUAAAGUUGAAAAUUAGACAGGUAAUGUGGGACAUGUUUUCCCAUUCUUCCAAGUAGUACCUGAGUAUUAAAUUCUCUAGUAGAAGAUGUUUGGCCUCCUAACCCAAAGUAAAGAUCAUUCAGUCAACAAGGAAAAAUACAACAUUUUGAGAAACUAUCAUUAUAAAACAUCUGAGACACAGAUAUCUAAAUCGGUUUUUUUCCAUAGGACUUUGACAUUGCAUUCUGUAAAGGAACUCGAUGUGACUUAUUUAUCAGUAGAUAAUACUGUUCUGAUUUAAUAUACAAUUUGGAAAUCAUAAGUCAAUUAAUUAAUCCCACUUGCAAAUCAUUCAUCUGAGCAACGAAAUAGUCAAUGGUCUGAAUAGGGCAGAGUUACCAAACUGGAUGGACACUUUUCGGCAUUUUAUCUGUUCUUUCUCUUGCUCAGGGCUGGUAGGCUGGAUCUGAACAGUUAAACACAAGGUCUGUUGGGUCUUUGAUCCCUGUAGGACAAAUUAGUUCUUGAAUAAAAGGAUGAGAUGUAAGCAUGGACUGGACAGUAAAGAAGUAGAGAAAUAUAAGACACUAAGCCGAGGAAUGCAAAGACAGAAGACGUAAGCCGCCAUUUUGAUGAGUCACCGGAUAUAGCAAGAACAUGACUGCCACAAGAAAAACCUAGGAACAAACUUCUCCAUUCUUUUUCAGCUAGGAGAUUUAAACAGGCAAAUAUGUCGUGAGCCUUUUCUAAGUAGGUUAUUUUGGAAAAAACUUAGCAGCUACUGAGAAUUAGGGAUGCGACAUUUUCAGCCUAGUAACUACAGUGAGACUUGAUCAAUCUUGGCAAUUUAUUCAUCACCUUCCCUUGAAAUGCACCAGGAACUAGGAGAAAGAAUAGUUGGGUGGAGAGUUCGGUAUUUUCUUACAUGUUUGAGAGUGUUAGAUAAUGAUUGAAGUUCUCUAGAAAAGUUAAUAGCUGGUUAGAACAGCUUUAACCUGUGAAAAAAAAUCUUUCAACCUGGUUUAAUUUUUUUUUUUAUAAAAGUGAAGACUAAGGAAACACAUUUUACCUAUUAAAAUUCAGUUUUUCCAAUUACACAUCCAAAAUAAAAGUUACAAAAGGCACCAAGUUAAUAGAUUUGGCAUUAAAACAAGUGUUUAUUCCUAAUCACAACAAAAUUAUGAUGAAUUAGUGCCCUGGUUUUGCACAAAAAUGUUAUUGUUUACAUAAUUAAUAAAAAUGAGCUGAAAGUUUGUGCCAGUAAAGCGAGAGAAACACAGGCUAAAAAUGUCUUUUUGUGGGUGUCUGAGGCAGAUCCCAUCUUACCUUCACUCUCAAGCUAACGACGUAAAUUAAGCUUUUUGAACACCACUUUUGUGGGGACACACAUACGCUGAUCUAGAAAUGAAAGCUUCCUAGUUCCAUUUCUAGAUCUACUAAUGCCAGUUUCUCUCUGGCUUUAGCCUUUGAGAACCUGUUUAAGAAUACAUAAGUAAUCCAGAGCUGUGAAGAGUUAAAAGGCCGCCUUGUCCAAUGAACUCACUCUCUCUGGGUCACCUGCAACUAAAAAUUGGAUGCCGCGCAACAGUGCAGGGAAGAUCCGAGAUCCUGAUGAGUUUUAAAGGCCAGGUUCAUUGAGGAACCAAUGAACCAGCUCGCUCUGGAUUCACCUGCUGAGUUCCAGCAGGGUGAUGGGCUGAAGUCCCACCCAUAAGCAAGACACCUGUGUAGCACUAGGUAGGUAUGGCUGAAGAAGAAUAAAACUAGUACCAUUACAUAGAAGACUAUACUGACGGUAGCUGGCCUCCACACACGUACAGUAAGACUGCAGAAGCAGGCUCAUCAGCCAAAAUAUAACAUUAUGUCAGUAUUGUUAAAGAAAUAGCCUGAAUGUGGUUGAUUCUGCUACAAUUACUGUUUUUCUCCUGUUUUUUUAGGCCACAAAAAAAGAAAAAUAAAUGAUUCAUAGUCUAAGUAGCAAAGAUACGUAGAUUCUUGGUUUGGGAAGGCAAAUUCCAGGCAUUUCUUCUAAGAUAGAUGUGUUAAAAUCAGCACGGAUGUUUGUUUUUUAUUUUGGGGCAUUGUUUUUUUGCAUCUAGAAUUUUUAGCCUGAGUGCGUAGGUUGAGGCCAAGUCCCUCUGCAAGAAAAAGAUUAUUUUCAAACUCAAAAUAAUGUCAGUCAUAAAAGUCCACUUCAACUUUAGCAAAAAGAAAAAAAAAAAAACAACAAAAAAGUUUACUCUGUAUGCUGGGAUUCCAGGGUUCCAACAAGCCAUGACAAACCUGUGGGGGGUUUCUUUCUUCUGAUAAUUCUAGAGCCUGUUACCAUAGAAAGGCAUUUCUUCAAUGGCUGGUUGUAGUUAGUUCAUGUUUUUCAAUCAAAUUUGCAAAUGUAUUUGUUGCUGUAUAGUGAUUGUUUUGCAAAAUAAAAUUGCUUGUCACCUCAUA